UUUCAAAUAAAACAAUGAAAUUAAAUUAAAAUAGACACCACCUCCUCUCCCUCCCCAGCUGUGUUCUCUCUCUCUACAAGAAAGAAACCCUAGUUCUCUCCGUCUCGUUCAAUCACACGCACAGCAUAACAACACUGGAUCGAGGAGGGGGCACAUCCAAGGGCGGGGAUAUGCUGGAUCGGAAGCGAAUCAACGAUGCGUUGGACAAGCACUUGGAGAAGUCUUCUCCUUCCACCUCCAGAAACAAGGGUUCUGCCGUCGCCGUGCCCUCCACAUCCAACGCCGUUGGGAAGCAUAUUGACCACCGGGAUAAUCGCUCCUCAUCCACCCUCACCACCACGAAGAAUAAGUGCUCCGAUGAGGAAUCUGAAACAGACAGUGAAGAGUCUGAUGUCAGUGGUUCUGAUGGGGAUGAUACAUCUUGGAUUUCAUGGUUUUGCAACUUGCGUGGAAAUGAAUUCUUUUGUGAAGUGGAUGACGAAUAUAUUCAAGAUGAUUUCAAUCUCUGUGGGUUGAGCAGUCAGGUUCCAUAUUAUGACUAUGCGCUUGACCUAAUUCUGGAUGUUGAGUCUUCUCAUGGUGAUAUGUUUACUGAGGAACAGAAUGAAUUGGUUGAAUCAGCUGCAGAAAUGCUCUAUGGCCUUAUUCAUGUCCGUUACAUUCUGACGACCAAGGGAAUGGCUGCAAUGUUAGAGAAGUACAAAAACUAUGACUUUGGAAGAUGUCCAAGAGUGUACUGCUGUGGACAGCCUUGUCUUCCAGUUGGACAAUCGGACAUCCCACGCUCCAGUACAGUGAAGAUCUACUGUCCCAAAUGUGAAGACAUUUACUACCCUCGAUCCAAGUACCAAGGCAAUAUUGAUGGAGCAUAUUUUGGGACCACAUUCCCUCAUCUGUUCUUGAUGACUUAUGGACACCUCAAGCCACAGAAGCCAACACAGAGCUAUGUUCCAAGAGUUUUUGGCUUCAAGAUCCACAAGCCUUGACAACAAGUUUUCCCGUAACCUAUCUCGAGCUCUUAAUUCUUCCUUGAACAAAUGGUUCUCAUCUGGCAUCUGGCAUCUGGCACGGACAAGUGUGGGUUGUAAACAAGGCAGGUAAAGGCACAUCAGCUAUUCAUAUACCAGAAUUGCUUGAUUCGUGGAGAAGCAGUUCUAGGUUAUCUUUGAAGCAAAUUCAUCAUUUGAACAUGGAGCAACCUGUAAGCUAAUUUCAUUUUCAGGUUCAGAAAUGCUUUCAAUACUUUGUCAUGUAGUCCUUGUGUGCAUACUUAAUCAGCACUAUAUUUUCAUAUGGAGCAGUUGGAGGAAUGUAUCCAGUUGUAGCCUUACUUGAACCUAAAUUAACAUCAAUUCUAUACAAUAUAGUUUAGUGCUGACAAGAAGUAUUUUAACAA